GCCAGACGGAAGGAAGGCUCUCGGUGCCCAAAAGGAGACUUUCGUCUCCCGGUAGGAGCAUAGCUGCUUCAGUGUACAGAUAUGAGGCAGGUCCAUGAUGCACAGAGGAGCUUCAAGUAUCCGGGUCCGGAUGUGGAGCCCGCCCUCCUCACGCAAGGGGAGCCGAAUUUGGUGUCUACCACCCGCUUUACCGCACUUACCUGGCUUCCGAAAUCCCUGUGGUAUCAGUUCCAGCGCGCGGCCAAUCUCUAUUUCCUCUUCAUCGCGGUGAUCGUGUGCCUGCCCUUCUCCCCGAAGCGAUGGCAGAGCAAAGUGUUCCCCUACAUCGCUGUCCUUGCUUGGACCUCGCUGAAGGACCUCUACGAGGACUCCCGGCGUCGCGCCGACGACCGCCGCGAGAACGCGCGGCAGUGCUGGCGCUAUGACUUCGAGGCCAACCGCUUCGAGCGGAUCGCCUGGCGCCAUGUGAAGCCCGGGGACUUCGUUUGCACCUUGUGCGAUGAGCCCUUCCCUGCAGAUCUGCUGCUGCUCUGUGCUGAGGGCGGCCAGGGGGCCUUUAUCUCCACGGUGAACCUGGAUGGAGAGACGAACUUGAAGUUGAGGACUGCGCCCAAGACGUUCAGCUCCUUCCGCAGCCUCAGCACCGGGCGCUGCGAGGUGCCUCCGCCGGAGUGCGCGGAGGCGGUGGCGGAGCUGUGCCGACGACAGCUGGAGCUGCGUUUGGCGGUGCCAAGCGCGGACCUCUCAGACAUGCACGCAUCCAUCACCUUGGAUGGCGGAUCCGCGGCUUGCGCCGCCUCCUGCGACAACUUCGCGCCCCGCGGCUGCGUGUUGCGCAACACCCCAUGGAUGCUGUCGUUGGUGGCGUACGCGGGCAGAGACACCAAGGCGUGUCUCAACUCGGCACAGGCCAAGGGGAAGGUGUCCCUCAUGCAGAGGGCUCUGAACCAAUGCGUCUAUGGCCUUCUGACGGCUUUGUUCCUGGCGUGCUGCUACAUGGCCACAGCGGCCAAAGUGGUGGACCCAGGCACGGACUGGCUGGUGCGCUUUCUCACCUACACCAUCACCGUGUACCACGUGGUGCCCAUCUCUCUCUACGUGUCCUUCGAGCUGUUGAAGCUGGUUCUUGGCCGCUUCAUCGACAUGGACGCCCAGAUGGUGGACCCGAUUUCCGGCCAGGGUGCCACUACGCGCACCGCAGACCUCGUGGAGGAGAUGGGCCAAAUAGACUUUGUCUUCUCGGACAAGACGGGCACCUUGACAGCCAACGAGAUGCGCUUCGCCAGAUGCGCCCUGGGCCGACAAAGCUUCGGCUCCUUCAUCCAGGAUCCGGCGGGGGGCCCGGUGCCAGGGUUGCUGGCGGCGAAGGAGGCCCUCAAAAGCGACGCUUCCGAGCGCCGGGAGGAGGUGCUCUGGUUCUUCACCUGCCUGGCGGUAUGUCACACAGUGCAAGUCAGCGAGGACAUGCAGUUCUCUGGGCCGAGCCCGGAUGAGGUGGCGCUGGUCGAGGGCGCGCGCUCAGUGGGCGUGACCUUCUCGAAGCGCCGCACGGGCGCGGACGGCCAGGAGGAGAUCGUGCUGUCGGGUCCUGACGGCGACCGCGUCUUUGUGCUGCGCCACGUCAUUGAGUUCAAUGCGGAGAGAAAGCGGAUGUCUGUCCUCUGUGAGCACAAUGGCGCGGUGUACUGUCUGACCAAGGGCGCCGAUAGCAUCAUGAGCCCCUUGCUGACCACUCCUCUGGGGGCCUGGGAGGAGGACCAGCUGCGGAGCUUCUCGCAGCUGGGCCUGCGGACUUUGGUGGUGGCUUCAAAGAAAGUGGCCCCCGCAGACUUCGCCCGCUGGGAGGCCGCAUGGUCGGAAGCGCAGAACUCCAUGCAGAACCACAAGGAGCGUGUGGCGCAGGUGGGCGCUGACAUGGAGAAGGAGCUGCAGCUUGCGGGCCUCACGGCGGUGGAGGACCGGCUCCAGGACGGGGUGCCCGAGGCCAUCGCCACCCUGAAGGCCGCGGGCAUCAGGCUUUGGGUGCUGACAGGCGACAAGACUGAGACAGCCGUGGACAUCGCCUACUCCUGCAACCUCUUCUCCAAGGACAUGGACCUGGCCUUCGUCUGCAACUGCCGCACCGGGGAGGAUAUCCAAAUGAAGCUGCAAGAGGCGAAGCAGGUCAUGGAGAACGGCAAGCCGAGCGGCUUGGUGCUGGACGGGCAAACUCUGAAGCUGAUCUUUCAGCAGGGCCUGGCGGUUGAGCUCUAUGAGCUUGCCAUGCUCUCCCGCUGCUGCGUCUGCAGCCGCCUCUCCCCGGCCCAGAAGCGCCAGAUCGUAGAGGAGGUGCGGAAGAACAGCGGGGCCAUCACGCUUGCCAUCGGUGACGGUGCCAACGACGUGCCGAUGAUCUCGGGGGCACACUUGGGCAUCGGCAUCCGCGGCAAGGAGGGAUCCCAGGCUGUCCAGGCGAGCGACAUCGCCAUCUCGCAGUUUCGGUUCCUGGUGCCCUUGCUGCUGUGCCACGGGCGCCGCGCCUAUCGCCGCAUCGCCAGCUUCCUGUGCUACUACCUCUACAAGAACGCCGCGCUGGCUUGGGGUGAUCUCAUUUGGGCCCAUCAGAACGGCUUCAGCGGAGAGGUGGCGUACCCGGAGUGGCUGUCCACCUCCUUCAACGCGCUUUUCACCUCCUGGCCCGUGAUCAUUGUCCUUGCCUUCGACCAGGACGUCGAUGAUGCCGUGGCGAAUACCUCUCCGGGCAUCUAUUUGGAAGGCCUGCAGAGGCAGUGGUUCAACGCCUUCAUCUUCAGCAGUUGGAUGGUGGCCGCCUGGUUCCACGGCUGCCUCGCCUGGCUUUUGCCCUCGGCGGCCUUCGGCUUUCCCACGGACUACGAGUCACCGGACUUUUGGCGCGCCUCCACCACCUCCUUCACGCUGGUGAUCUUUAUCGUCACGUUGAAGCUGGUGCUGCACUCGCUGCAGCGCUGCUCUGCGGCCACCCUGGGCCCGCUGGCGCUGAGUUUGGCGGUCUAUCUGCUGGUGCUCUUCCUGUUGGGCUACACCUCCAUCGGGAGUCGGAUGCAGCCCAACCUGGCGGGGGACCCACCAGUGCCUGGGUGGAUCUUCAGCAAUAUGGAGCCAUUGCUGAUGAUGGUUUUGGGCACCCUGUGUGCGCUGCUGCCGGACUGGGCGGCUUUACUCUGGGUGCGGCGCCUGCGCCCCUCCCCGCUCUUCCAGGUGAGGUCUGCGUCGAAGUCCAAGGACAAGGAGAUGCUCACGUGAGGCGUUCAGCUCAACGAUUUAUCACGUGAGCAAUCAAUUCGCUGCUCGUCUUUUUUUUUGGCUCAUUGCCUGGGAUCCAGAAGUCGACUUUCGAGGAUUUUUGGGAC